AUGGGGGAGCUCAAGCGCGCCAUCGAUGCACGCGGGCACGCGCUGCUCGAGGUGCCCACGGGCACCGGCAAGACGGCGACGCUGAUCUCCCUCAUCACCUCCUACUCCCUCGCCAACCGGUCCCGCCCGCUCCGCCUCAUCUACUGCACACGCACCAUGCACGAGAUGGAGAAGACCCUCGCCGAGCUCCGCCUCCUCUUUGCCCACCUGCCUCCCGCUGCCUCCCGCUCCCUCCUCGCGCUCGGUCUCUCCUCCCCCAAGAACCUCUGCGUCCACCCGCAGGCGUCCGCCGUCGCGGCCCGGGACUCCGCCGCCUCACGGCCUCCUGGGUCCGCGAGAAGGCCGCCUCCGAUCAGACACAUCCCUCAUGCCGCCAGGGGUGUACACCCUCGCUGA